GAGUUGGAUUCUAUAUUACAUUUGUAUUUUACACAAAAGAACUGCCAAAGACAACAUUCAUAAUCAUAAAAAUUCAAAAUUCCAUUGAAAUAUUCAAAUGUCCAAUAUUUUGAAAAAUAAGGUCAAAGGUCAAGCUUCAGUGUUCCACAAGAAAUGAAGAUUAUUACAUUAGUCAAACUGAUUAUUUUUUGGCCAAUCACUGAACUAAUACAAUCCUCUGGAGCAGUGAACCUGAGAGUUCUGCUGUAAUUUUAACAAUCUGAAUCAUUUGAGUUUGAAAUAAAUAUAUGAAAUAUGCUACAAAAUAAUUUAGUUUAAAAAAAUUUAAAUAUCACAGUUCCUGAUCCAUAUUAAACACGCAGCUCAUAGUGAAUCACAUUAGUUGUACUGCAUAUUUUCUCUCAAAUAUUUCCACUAAAAUGCUAACUGUGCAGAUAAAGUGAAUCUGACAGACAGCAAAUGCCUGAUGAAAAUUUAGAAAAGCACACAGAAGAUGAUCUGAGGAUUGUGCUGCUGGGAAAAACUGGAGUUGGGAAAAGUGCAACUGCAAACACAAUGUUAGGUUUUACAGCAGAAGAAUCUUUUGAAUCAGAGACUAAAGAGAGUCAGAGAGGAACAUCUGCAAUCAACAGUCGAGGUGUUACUGUGAUCGACACUCCAGGACUGUUUGAUACUGAACUCAGUAAUGAGGAGAUCCAGAGAGAAAUCAGACACUGCAUCUCCAUGAUCCUGCCGGGACCGCGUGUGCUUCUCUUACUGGUUUCACUGAGACUGAGACGAUUCACUAAAGAAGAAUCAGAAUCAGUGAAGAUCAUCCAAGAGACACUCAGUGAAAACUCAUUAAAGUUCACGAUGGUGCUCUUCACCAGAGGAGAUUUCCUGAAGAAGAAGACCAUCAAACAGUGUUUGGGAAAACCUGGAUCUCCUCUGAUGAAGCUGACUGAAGCAGUGUUCAAUAAUAAUCAGACUGAAGACCGAGUACAGGUGACUGAUCUACUACAGAAGAUAGACAACAUGGUGAAAGCAAACGGAGGGAGUUUCUACUCAUGUAAGAUGUUCAGACAGAUGGAAAGAGAAAGACAAGAACAACAGAAGAACAUACUGAUGGAGACAGAGAAAGAGAUGAAGAAACUGGAAGAAGAGAAAGAGAAUGAAAAUGAUGAUGAGGAAGAACUAAAGAAUCAUGAUAAAGAGAGAAAGAGUAGAGAGUUUUAUUAUAGUUCUCCCUCUUUAAAGAGUAAUUUAAGAGAGAGAAGAGAGUGA